GUCGCGCGAUUGUCUUUGCCACCGCCGCUGACACAGCCGGGCGUGGGUGCCGGAGGGAGGUGGCACCAUGGCGGCCGAGGCCCUGGCGGCGGAGGCCGUGGCCUCGCGCCUGGAGCGGCAGGAGGAGGACAUCCGCUGGCUGUGGGCGGAGGUCCAGCGCCUGAGGGACGAGCAGCUGAAGGCGCCCGACGCGUGCCAGGCGGAGGGGCCGUGCCUCUCGCGCGAGGUGGCGCAGCUGCGGGCGGAGAACCGCGACCUGCGCCACCGCCUGUACCGCCUGCGGCUGUGCCUCGCCGAGGAGCUGAGCCACCGGGCCACGCGGGGGGACGCGGGGCGCGCGGCUGCGAGCGCGCAGCCUCCUUCUAGUCAGAGUCAAGAAAAAGACACUAAAAAGAAGAAAUUGAAGGAAAGUGAGCCUGAAAGUGAGGUGAAACAACCAAAUUUUAUAAAAGGAAGAUUGAAGCUUUUUGAAACAUUGAAGAAAGAUCAUCAGCUGUUACUUGCGACAUGUGAAAAGGAAAAUACAGGCAGUGUGAUUACAGUGAGAAUGGCUGGCGGGAAAACAGUACAAGGGCAAGUUUGGAAGACAACACCUUAUCACGUGGCUGUGAGAUCAGGUAAAGCAUUGGCUGAAAACACAGUAAUAGCCAAAGUCAAUGGUGAAUUAUGGGAUCUGGACCGCCCUUUGGAGGGGGAUUCCACUCUGGAGCUGCUGAUGUUUAAUAAUGAGGAAGCUCAAGCUGUGUACUGGCACUCCAGUGCUCAUAUUCUCGGGGAGGCCAUGGAACUUUACUACGGAGGCCACCUGUGCUACGGUCCACCCAUUGAAAAUGGAUUUUAUUAUGACAUGUUCAUUGAAAACAGAGCAGUGUCCAGCACUGAGCUGUCAGCCCUGGAGAACAUAUGUAAGACCAUCAUCAAAGAGAAGCAGCCUUUUGAGAGAUUGGAAGUCAGCAAGGAAACCCUCUUGGAAAUGUUUAAGUACAAUAAAUUUAAAUGUCGCAUUCUGAAGGAGAAGGUCAACACUCCAACUACCACAAUUUACAGGUGUGGUCCACUAAUCGACCUUUGUAAAGGCCCUCAUGUAAGACACACUGGAAAAAUUAAAGCCAUAAAAAUUUUCAAGAAUUCUUCCACAUACUGGGAGGGCAAUCCUGAAAUGGAAACAUUGCAGAGGAUCUACGGGAUAUCGUUUCCAGAUAAUAAAAUGAUGAAAACCUGGGAAAAGUUCCAAGAGGAAGCCAAGAACCGAGAUCAUAGGAAAAUUGGGAAGGAACAAGAACUUUUUUUUUUUCACGAUCUAAGUCCUGGAAGCUGCUUUUUUCUUCCCAGAGGAGCCUUCAUUUACAAUACUCUUAUGGAUUUCAUACGAGAAGAAUAUCACAAGCGGAACUUCACGGAAGUGCUCUCUCCCAACAUGUACAGCAGUAGGCUCUGGGAAGCCUCGGGCCACUGGCAGCAUUACAGCGAGAACAUGUUCACCUUUGAUAUUGAAAAGGACACUUUUGCCCUCAAACCCAUGAACUGUCCAGGGCACUGCCUCAUGUUUGCCCAUCGUCCCCGAUCUUGGCGGGAAAUGCCGAUCAGAUUUGCUGAUUUUGGAGUUCUUCACAGAAAUGAACUGUCAGGGACUUUAAGCGGCUUAACCCGAGUCAGGCGCUUCCAGCAAGAUGAUGCUCACAUCUUCUGCACAGUGGACCAGAUUGAAGAAGAAAUAAAGGGUUGCUUGCAGUUUUUGCAAUCUGUUUACUCAACAUUUGGCUUCUCCUUUCAAUUAAACCUGUCAACAAGACCUGCAAACUUCCUGGGAGAGAUGGAGAUGUGGGAGGAAGCAGAGAAGCAACUACAGAAUAGCUUGAUGGAAUUUGGAAAACCAUGGAAAAUGAACCCAGGAGAUGGAGCAUUUUAUGGCCCUAAAAUUGAUAUAAAAAUCAAGGAUGCUAUUGGCAGGUAUCAUCAGUGUGCGACAAUUCAGCUGGACUUCCAAUUGCCCAUUAGAUUUAAUCUCACAUAUGUUAGUAAGGAUGGGGAUGAUAAGAAGAGGCCUGUGAUCAUUCACCGAGCUGUGUUAGGAUCGGUGGAAAGAAUGAUAGCCAUUCUCUCAGAAAACUAUGGGGGGAAAUGGCCUUUCUGGCUGUCUCCUCGUCAGGUAAUGGUCAUCCCUGUGGGACCAACUUGUGAAAAAUAUGCACUUCAGGUAUCCAAUGAGUUUUUUGAAGAAGGAUUUAUGGCCGACGUGGAUUUAGAUGAGAGUUGUACACUAAAUAAGAAAAUACGAAAUGCACAGCUGGCUCAGUAUAAUUUUAUUUUGGUGGUUGGAGAAAAGGAAAAGAUAAAUAAUGCUGUAAAUGUUCGAACAAGAGAUAACAAAAUUCACGGAGAGGUUCCAGUAGCUUCUGCCAUUGACAAGUUGAAGAAUCUUAAGAAGUCACACACACUGAAUGCUGAGGAACACUUUGGAAGUCCUUUCCUUGUACUCACUUCUGUGUAACCUUGUUUUGACUUUGAAAAUGUUUCUUAACCAUUUAAUAUUUUAGUACUUCUUUGGAGAACUUUGGGCCCACUAAUGGAUCCACUCAUGGGCUCAGUUGAGAAAGAAACAAAGUUUAAUUCAUUAAUGUGUUCUGGGAAUGAUAA